AUGUCUCCUCGUCGUUUCGAUGUCCCAAGCUUCGUGAACAUGAAGCAAACUGUCCAAGAGAAGUUUGGCUUGUCUCCCUGCACCUGGCAGCUUCAGGCAGCUCAAUAUCAGCUCAACAGCAAGGAUGUUAUCACGAUCUCCCCAACCGGCUCUGGAAAAACAUUGACAUUUUGGAUUCCUCUCCUAUUUAACGCAGGUGGGAUUAUCAUUAUCGUGACGCCGCUGAAUAUAUUAGGAGAAAAGAAUCAAAAGGAGGCAGAGGCAUUGGGUUUCCCCGCCAUCAAUCUGUGUAAAGAGACUGCCUCGGAUCAGGCAUUCAAGGACAUUGAGAAGCUUAAAUAUCACGUCAUUACGUUCACUGAGAAGAUAUUCAAUAUAAUGUUCGACGAAGGGCACUGCAUAAGUGAAUGGGGCGCGGACUUCAGGCCGCUAUACAGUCAGCUGGGGAACAUUAGAUGGUAUUUGCCGGACCAUGUAUCAGUUCAUGUCGUAUCGGCAACCAUGCCACCUCACAUUUUGGCCGAUGUCACUUCAAUGCUCCGCAUCCGCUCACAUAAUGUUGCGAGGGUCACCAGGUCUAACAACCGUCCAAACAUCAGCAUUAUUGUUGAAGAGAUGAAGUUCCCGCGUAAUACCAUGCAUGAUCUAACCCGAGUCUUGGAAAUGAGGCUCGGAGACGUGAAUCCACCGCCAAAGUUCAUGAUCUUCACGAAUUCUCGGAUUUCGGUGGAGAUGACUUGCAACCGCUUGUGGUCAGAUGUGCCUGGACAUCAGCAGGGAAAGAUCGUCUGGUUUCAUUCUGGGAUGUUGAUGGAAUUCCGCGUUGAUGUGAUGAACCAGCUUCAAGCAGGUGAACUGUGGGGAAUUUGCUGCACCGACGCAGCGGGAAUGGGGUAUCUUCGGGUGCUGGAACGUGGCCAGCAGGGUGCGGCAUUUUUCGACGGCGGUAUUCUCUGCUGUCGAGUCAAGCUGAGACAAGGUUCCAAACGUUUGGAGCAACUCCUUGCAUCGUUACGGUGA